AUGACUCUUCAUUUCAAAUGUCGUGGGGGACUUUACCCUCGAUCUAAUAUUGAAAGAUAUGGUGUUCCUGAUGAUAAGGUUAGCUGGUCUUCAGAAUACGAAGACUAUAAACCUCCAAAUCAUACCGCAUCAUCCGUACACGGAAAACCGUGGGCAGAUUCGAAUAUUGGAGAGCCUGGCUUCAAGCCGCUUUGGAACAGUGUCGAUGGAAAAGUUAACAGAGUUAGUUAUAUGGGUAAAUAUGCUAUCCAGAAUGGGUUCCCCUUGAAUCCUAUUGGUAGAACUGGCAUAUCAGGUAGAGGUGUACUUGGCAGGUGGGGUCCAAAUCACGCUGCCGACCCCGUUGUUACCCGCUGGAAAAGACUCGAAAGUGGAGAAAUUGAAAAUGAUGGGUCUAGCAAGCCUAUUCUACAAUUUGUCGCGAUAAAAAGACGAGACACUGGAGAAUGGGCACUGCCGGGAGGCAUGGUAGAUCCUGGAGAGAAAAUGAGUGCCACAGCUGUAAGAGAGUUUCAGGAGGAAGCUACUAACUCUUUGCUAAUGGAUGAAGAAGAAAAAGAAGCAUGGAUGGAAAAAUUCAAAAACUUUUUCAAUGAUGGAGAUGUGGUUUACAAAGGAUACAUAGAUGAUCCCCGAAAUACUGACAAUGCUUGGAUGGAAAGCAUAGCAUACAAUUUCCAUGACAACAGCGGCUCAACAGUGGGUGCCUUAAAACUACAUGCAGGUGAUGACGCUGUAGGGGUACGAUGGGUGGACAUUACUCCUGACAUUAAACUGUAUGCGAGUCACAAAGAUAUUGUGAUGGAAGUUAUGAACAAACAUUUAACAAACUUAUCAAAAUGA